GCGCAUGCGCAGAGAGAUUGUGUGUGAAACGCUUGAGUACAGAGUAUCACUUCUAUUAAAUUUAACAGACUUUUCUUUAUUAAAUACAAUUUCCAAUGGAUUUAGAGAGCGGUACAUACGAGCCAGGGUUUGUUGGGAUCCGUUUUUGUCAAGAAUGUAAUAACAUGUUGUACCCUAAAGAAGACAAAGAAAACCGCAUCCUGCUGUACGCGUGCAGAAACUGUGACUACCAGCAAGAGGCAGACAACAGCUGCAUCUAUGUAAACAAGAUCACCCAUGAGGUUGAUGAACUGACUCAGAUCAUCGCUGAUAUAGCCCAGGAUCCAACACUACCGAGAACAGAGGAUCACCCCUGUCCAAAGUGUGGUCACAAGGAGGCAGUGUUCUUCCAGUCGCACAGUAUGAAGGCUGAGGACGCUAUGCGACUGUACUACGUCUGCACGGCCCCUCACUGUGGACACCGAUGGACUGAGUGAAAGCUGGUGAUGAUGACAGGGUUGAGCAUCUGGAUCUAUAGUUUUGCUCUUUGCAAAUAGUAUUUCAAGCUACUUCUCAGUCAGUUGUGUUUUACUCCUCCCUUUUCCAGUCUGUGUAGGAGCCGAGUGAGGUUUUGUAAAAAAGCUGCACUGCUAAAGUCUCUGAUAUCAUUGUAUUGUGAUACUCCUAUUUUUUUUAAAUUGUGAAUAUAAUGUGUUUAGCAGUUGUCAUUUUGAUAAAAUUGUAUUAUUGCAAUAAACCAGAUUUUUCUUGUUUUACUU